CACAGAGAUAUAAACAUCUCUAAACGUCUCAGUCAUGCACACGGGUAAGUCAGCUAGCUGGAUCUCUUAGAAUAAGCUUUUUCUUUCUUUUCUUUUCUUAGUUUUUGGUAACAUCAACACAGAGGGAGUUUUAAAAGGUGAAUUGACAGCUGCGCAUUGCAUUUUCCUCUCCAAACCCUCUUGUUUGUAUUUUAUUUUGUUUUGCCACCAGAGAGCGCCGCUGACUCUGUGCCCACAUUCUGAGCUGCACAAACUCCCACUCUGCAGGACUCUGAAGGCACCGUCACCUGCGCAUGACCCACAUUUACAUUUUACUCGAAGUUGUUGCUUCCUGUUUGCUGGGGCUUAAAAAUCACUCUCAGCUGUAAGUGUUAACUGGAAAGCUAAAUCUACAGUUUAAUUUGCGCUUGUUGUUUAUUAGAUGACACAUGCAGAAUGAUAUAACACUAUGUUGUUGUUUUUAUUUUAAAGAGAAUCUAUCCUGCUCAUUUCUAGCUACACGUUUCUAUUCUUGGACUCUCCUAUAGUAGCUUUGCAUGAAUCACAGUUCAAAAUAAUCAUUCUUUUUCUUGCAUUGGGCCCCAGUGUUGCCCCUCAGUUCAUCCUCUGUGUGAAACCAGCUUUGUAGCUCCUCUCCCUUUAAGCCUGCAGGGUCUGGCCCAUUAGUUUCUCUUUAUGUUUUUGGCCUGCAGCUGACUUUCUUCUGAUUGGCUGCCCCUCACAAACAGAAGGUUUCACACAGAGCCAGAGCCAGUGCACUCACAUCCUAAUCCUGUUUUGUCAGGUAGCUCCUGCAUCUGCAUCGAAGCCAAGUGUCCUGUAACGUCAUUGCCAUUGAUGCACUGGCAGUGGCAGCAUCAGCCACCCAGAAAAUAACAGUCCCUUUUAAAAAGGUGUUAAAAGGUCAUGAUUUAGGAUGAAACACACCAAUUCACCAAAGUAACAAGCUGGCAGUGACAGAUCCAGAUCUAAAUGCUCAGUUUCAUACUGUUUUUUUCUACUCUCCGCUCUGUAUGAUGUCAUAGGUAUUCCUAAUAUGGUCAUCUCAGGCACAGAAGCUCCAUCUGCUGCUCACACACUCUGCUAAGAAAGUUGGUUUCAAGGACGAGGAGCUGAAACAGCGUGUUUCAAACAGAGGAUGGCCCGAAGAGCUGAACCAAGGCCCAGCGUAAGAUAAAGAAGGAUUAUUCUGAAUUCAUUCACCAACUGAUUCAUGCAAAGCUACUAUGAGUCCAAGAAUAAAAGCAUGGCGCUGGUAAUGAGCAGAAUAGGUGCACUUUAAGGGCUUUCAGGGGGUAAACAGUUUGUUUUGGAUGGUGUCCAGCGAUUCGCUCCUCCCACAAACCAGCAGCAAGUGGAAACUGGUUCAGCAGCCUGGUUAUCAGCAGCUCUGGAGGUUGGAGAGGAACUGCAGCACAGGAGAGAGGUGUUUCGUAGAGCCCGGUGUCUCUGGUGUUGCUGUUGUCGGAUAAACAGAGGUCGGAAGACAUGAAGGUCACCAGUAGAAACUUGUGCUGCUGAAGAUUCAACAGCUACGUCAGCGUCUCUGUGAAAUGGGAUGUAACAGGUCAAGAUGCUGGUUUGGAGCCCGUUCUGACAAACCGGUUGAGGGCGUCACCGACGAGGCUGAGGGGUUUCUGAAGGAUACAAGCGACUCUGAAGGUGUUGCAGGCUCAGCUGACGGCAGCUUCCGGGAUCCCUCUCCAGCCAGCAGAGCUCUGUUGGACUUUGCUCAGAGGAUGUCGGAGGACAUUGUCGCCCAGGCUCUGCAUCUCUGCUGGGAGGCGGCGAUCCGAUACAACGAGCUGCCUUUCAUUGACAGCGACGCAGAUUAUGUUAAUGAACCACAACAUUUCUUUACUUGAAAUCUGCCUGAACAUCCACCCAGACUGCAUGAAACAGUUGUCUCGGAUUGCAGUGGCUGCUGAGUAUCUACAAAAUGGAAAGUGAAUGGAAUGAAGGAUCAGAGUCCCCAAAGCAAGGUCUUGUUGACAUCAAGGAGCAUCAGCUUUCCCCUGAGAAAAUGAUCCACAACAAGAGGUCUGCUUGUUCUGAGCCCAGCAGUGUGUCCCUGAAGAGUGAUGGAUCUAAACAAAGCCUUAUUAACUUCAAAACAGAUCAUUCUUCCACUGGACCAAAUUUUCCAGGUGAUUUAAAGCUCGUCAAGCCUCCUCAGCCAAGCCAAAUGAAUCAACAAAAGCUGAACUCCAUAUUUGAGCAAAUUGAAAAGGAAAUCAACACACUUGUGAAGAAUGAACUAAAGUCAUUCAAGAAUAUUGUGAUGGGCCAAGAUGAUUACAGGGAAGAUAAAGACAUUGAGAAUGAAGAGCAGAGCAGGACCAACAGAGAGGCAGUUCUGAAGAUGACAGUGCACGUCCUAAAGAGAAUGCAGCUGAAUACAUGGGCUGACCUUCUGCAGAACAAAUCCUUUGCUCUCAGGUGCCAAUACAAACUCAAAUCAAAGCUGAAGAACAGGUUUCAGCGUGUGUUUGAGGGAAUUGCUAAAGCUGGACAUUCAACCCUUCUCAAUGAGAUUUACACAGACCUCUACAUCACAGAGGGGGGAGCUCCAGAAGUGAUUUUUGAACAUGAAGUCAGACAAAUUGAAGCAGCUUCCCGAAAACCACACAGACCAGAAAUAAGAAUCAAACAAGAAGAUAUCUUUAAAGGCUCACCUGGAAGCGCUAAACCAGUUAGAACAGUGCUGACAAAAGGUGUUGCUGGAAUUGGGAAAACACUAUUAACACAGAAGCUCACUCUAGACUGGGCUGAAAAUAAACCCAACCAAGACAUCCAGUUCAUGUUUCCAUUCACUUUCAGAGAGCUAAAUGUGCUGAAAGAGAAAAAGUUCAGCUUGGUAGAACUUGUUCAUCACUUCUUUACUGAAAUCAAAGAAGCAGGAAUCUACAACUUUGAAGACUUCCAGGUUGUGUUCAUCUUUGAUGGUCUGGAUGAGUGUCGACUUCCUCUGGACUUCCACAAUACUGACAUCUUGAGUGACGUUACAGAGACCACCUCAGUACAUGUGCUGCUGACAAACCUCAUCAGAGGUAAUCUACUACCUACUGCUCGCCUCUGGAUAACCACAAGACCUGCAGCAGCCAGUCAGAUCCCUCCUGAGUGUGUUGACAUGGUGACAGAGGUCAGAGGGUUCACUGACCCACAGAAAGACGAGUACUUCAAGAAGAGAAUACAAGAUGAGGAGCAGGCCAACAGGAUCAUCUCCCAUAUCAAGACUUCACGAAGCCUCCACAACAUGUGCUACAUCCCAGUCUUCUGCUGGAUCAUUGCAACAGUUCUGAAAACCAAAGUGGGAGAAGAGCUUCCCAAAACCUUAACUGAGUUAUACAUCCAUUUCCUGGUUGUUCAGUCCAAAGUGAAGAAGGUCAAAUAUGAAAAGGGUGCUGAGACAGAUCCGCACUGGAGUCCAGAGAGCAUGGAGAUGAUUAAAUCCCUGGGAAAACUAGCUUUUCAGCAGCUGCAGAAAGGUAACUUGAUCUUCUAUGAUUCAGAUCUGACAGAGUGUGGCAUUGAAAUCAGAGAAGCCUCAAUUUACUCAGGAGUGUUCACACAGGUGUUUAGAGAGGAGAAAGGGCUAUAUCAAGACAGGGUGUUCUGCUUUGUCCAUCUGAGUGUCCAAGAGUUUCUGGCUGCUCUUUAUAUACAUGAGACAUUUAUCAGCUCUGGAGUCAAUCUGCUGGAAGAACAACAAACUAAGAAGGAUAAAAAAAAAUUUCAUUUUGAAGUAAACUUCUACCAGAGUGCUGUGGAAAAAGCUUUACAGAGUCCAAAUGGACACCUGGACAUGGUCCUCCGGUUUCUUCUUGGCCUUUCACUGCCGAACAAUCAGAACCUCCUGAAAGAUCUGUUGACAAAGACAGGGAGAAUCUUAAAAUCAAAUGAGAAAACUGUGCAGUACCUAAAGGAGAAGAUCAGAAAGAAUCAGUUUUCAGACAGAAGCAUUAAUCUUUUUCACUGUUUGAAUGAACUGAUGGAUGGGUCUAUAGCAGAAGAGAUCCAACAGUAUGUCAGUUCCACAAAAUUUUCUCCAGAUCAACUUUCUCCUGAUCAGUGGUCAGCCCUGGCCUUCAUCUUACUGUCAUCAGGAAAAGAGAUAGAUGUGUUUGACCUGAAGAAGUACUCGGCUUCGGAGGAUGUUCUUCUGAGGCUACUACCAGUGGUCAAAGCUUCAAAGAAAACAUUGUUGAGUGGCUGUAAUCUGUCACAUAAAAGCUGUGAAGCCCUAGCCUCAGUUCUUAGCUCUCCGUCAUCUAAUCUGAGAGAGUUGGAUCUGAGUAACAAUGACCUGCAGGAUAGAGGCGUGAAGCUGCUUUCUGAAGGACUGCAGAGUCCGGAUUGCAAAUUGGAAACUCUCAGUUUAUCUGGCUGUGUGGUCUCAGAGAUUGGCUGUGAUGCUCUGGCUUCAGCUCUAAACAACAACCCCACCCAUCUGAGAGAGCUUGACCUGAGCUAUAAUCAUCCAGGAGAGGAAGGACUAAAGCAUCUCUCUGAGGAUUUAAAACGAAUACUCAGAGCGGAGCACUGUGGAGCCUGGAGGUUGAAACCUGGUGUGAAAAAGUAUGCUUGUGAACUCACACUGGAACAAAACUCAGCUCACAGAAAGUUAAAGCUAUCAAACAACUACAGACAGGUGACCAUGGUCAGAGAGGAAGAGCGAUAUCCUAACCAUCCAGAAAGAUUUGACUGCUGGUGCCAGCUAAUGUGUAAAAAUGGCAUAACUAGUAACUGUUACUGGGAGGUUCAAUGUCAGGGAACAUUUGGGAUAGCAGUGACUUACAGAGAAAUUGAAAGAAGAGGAGCUGGUUUAUACUGUUGGUUGGGGGGAAAUGAUCAGUCUUGGAGUUUGGAAUACACCAAUCAAGGUUGUUUUGCCUGGCACAAUAAUAAAGCAAAACGUUUGCCAGCACCCCCAAAGACUGAAUCUUUCAAAGUUGCAGUGUAUGUGGACUGGCCUGCUGGUACUCUGUCCUUUUAUAGUGUCUCGAAUGACAAUCUGAUUCACCUCCACAGUUUCCAGUGUUCAUUCAAAAAACCUGUGUUCCCAGCAUUUAAGCUUGGUUACGGUUCAUCGUUGUACUUAUGUGAGCUUGAAGAAAGAGAGCCAGCAUUUGCAUAGAUUAAAAGUGUUAAAAAGAAAAUGUACUAAUGCUUUGGCCAUUUUUGCACCUAUGUGCCCCACCAUUGCACGUGUAGAUUAGACUGUAUAUAGAAGAUAGCCUAUAAUUCACUGGUUUUGGAUUCCACUUUAAAAUAUAUAUAUAUUUUUUUUAUUGGCCUUUUUGAGCUUUAUUUGAUACACUCAGUGAGGAAAGGACAGGAAAGCAGGGGCAGAGAGAGAAGGCGGAAGACAUGCGGCAAAGGGCCACAGGUCGGACUCAGAACUUGGGCCGGCCACUCUCAGCCGUAUGGCAUGUGGUCGCCCGCUCAACACACUGAGCAAAAACCGGCACCCAGAUUCCUCAUUUUAAAGGUUUCAGUCCUGCUUUUUGGCUGCAGACAUGGUUGUUCUUCAGAUCCAGACAUAACCAUAUUUGGAUGAGAGUAGAGUGCCAAGUUAUUAGCUAAGGAUAGUUAGCUUGGUUAGCAGUGCCCUUCUAUAAACUGUAUGGUUGCAUUGGGCAGACACAUAUGAUUCCAAAUUAGUACAACGUACCUAAAAGAAUCCUAUAUUAUUUUACAUAUAUACAUACAUACAUACAUACAUACAUACAUACAUACAUACAUAAACAAAUAAAUACACUUAAAAAUGAUCUAAACAUUUCCAGAAGCACAAACAGGAUUGUGGAGGUUCAGAUAAUGACUCCAAUUAGCAAAGUUUUCCGACCAAACAGCUGACCGUGAGUCAAAGAGGCUCACGGUCAGCUGGGGGGGGGGGGGGGGGGGGGGGAUGUUGUAACUUUUAAUUCUUAUGUAAUUUUGUAAGUCAAUAUGGAAAAUGUUUGUCGGCAUUUAUCUGUAUUCUUUUCUUUGAUUUGUCAACACAAGCCCUUUGUUCCUGUAAUUUGUGAUUUUGAGCAAUAAAAUCCCAAAUGAGACGAGCA